AUGAUAAAAACCAAAGUAUUCGAUAAUCCGAUAUUGAACGUUGGAAAAAUUUUAUCACCGGUUUUGAUACUCGGUCAAGCACUGGGAAUAGUAUUUUUUUUCUGGAAUGAAAAAAAAAUAUGGAAGGUUUCGUACGUUUUGUUCAUUUUACUCCUGCAAAUCGGUUCUCUCGCACACGAAUUACCGAGCAUAAAAUAUUGGGAACAAAAUGCGAACGGUUUGCACGGUUUGAUAGUCCGCCUGGACACAUUCAGUUGGUGGUUCACGUAUUACUUCAAUUAUUUUCUCACGCUUUGUAGAAAUAAAAAAAUACUUCGCGCCGUGGAAGAAUUGAAAAAUUUCGACGUCACAAUACCGGUAAAACGUCAGGAAAAAUUAUUUAAAAUGAACGUCGCUCACGUUUUCGUCAACGUCGCCUUCAUCGUCACUUACAACGUAUUGGGUCACGAUUGGGUUUGGCCCAACGAUAAUCACACUCCCGUGACGUCAUCCCUUUACAUAUUCGGCGAUUUGACAAUGUUCCUUUCCUCCCUUAUAUUUUUCCAACUCACGAAUUUAAUAUCGGAAACUUUCAAAUACAUUAACGAAAGAUUGAUUAAAAUAAAACCCAAAGACAUGAUCGAAUCCAAAUCAAAUUUUUUCGGGUUUUACACUCGGGAAAUAAUCAAAUUGAGACAAGCUCAUUUGUUUUUGAUCAAUAUAGCCAAAGAUAUAAAUUCACAUUAUUCCGAACAGCUCCUCAUGGUCAUCAUUUAUUCCAUGAUUCAAGCCGUUUAUGCAAUGAGAUCCAUCAUUGGAGAUUUUACAAUAACCGACAUUGUCGAAAGUACUUUGAACGUUCUUUGCGACAGCUUAUGGCUACUACCCUACGUUUUAACCGUCGUACAAAUGAUUGUCAUUUGCGAAAAAGCAAUGUACGAGUCUGGACAAACUCUUACCAUCGUUCAUCACCUGAUGAAUUUAUAUUACUACGAUAGCGACAUAUUGAAGGAGUUGGAAAUAUUUGCCGUUCAAAUAAAACAACAUGCUCUCAUGUUUCACGUACGAUUUUUCAAUCUUCACUAUCCAUUUUUAAAUUCGUUGGUGAGUUCCAUGAUGACGUAUUUUGUCGUAAUAGCAACGUAUCAGGGAGAAUCAGACGAAGGUGUUCUUAUCAAUUGGAAUUUCAAACGUGAACCUACAAGUUCGACAGAACCUGAAGAAUACGAAUACGACGACGAUGAUGAUGAUGAUGAUGAGUGA